UUUUAUAAUUUUUAAUGUGACUUAUAGAUGAACAAGUUUGACAUUUCAACUUGGGAACUUGAAGCUGCAGUAGCGACGAUGUUACUCCUCCAGUACUAUUCGGUAAGAGAUUUGGAAGCGAUCCCCGAAUUUCCGAUGGACCCACAUGGCAUCCACCUGUAUUGGGCUUUCAUCAGGGUUUUCGUCGCAAUAGCGGAACUCAACAGUGUCUGCGGCCAUCCGUUGGACUCUGAAUUGGCAAAUCCUAUACAUUACCAAGAUGGAAAGCUGUUCCUUCACAAAUACAGACAAGCGAAGGACAACAAAUCUUUUGAUAACCUCUGCGAAUUCAGGCAAAAGGAGAUCAGAUCCGGUAAGAAAAUAAUGUCAAUGAUAUUACCCAACAAAAAUUGAAUAUGCGAAGGAAUUUUUAUUGACCUGUCCAUUAUAUAUAUUUUAAAAUGUAUCCAUUUGUUUCGAAUUGUUGUUUUAGAAAAAUAAAUUCUUUAACAGGUUUGAUGGAGUCCUUUCAACCUGUAUAUUAUAUAUUUUAAAAUGUAUCCUUUGUUAAAACCAAACUUAUUUUAAACAAAUGUAUUCUUACGUAUUAAUGUAUUAUAAAUUUGUGUGUAUUAUUAUGAUUCUUUCUUCAAUAAAUACAUUAAUCUCUUGUUAGCUGUUAAGUUCAUAUAAAAUAAAUUGCCU